AUGCCAGGAAUAGAGCUUUCGGACAAGGUGGCCGGGCUUGGAGAAGGCAGCUUGGUGGCAGCCGACGGAGCAAGGAAUUGGUCAACUGCCUUUCAGUCGUUAUUGGAGGGUGUUCUAAGAGACGGCGAAGACAUGGCGGUCACAAUGGCUUACUCGCAGAUACGAAGACAUUUCAGGCGGUUUGAGCACUUGCUCAACGAGGUCAAGACGCCGAGAUUAGUGGUUAUUGACGUGGCUGAUGACACAAACACCUUGGUCACCGUGGAGAGCACGACAAGUACAAACGGCUAUAGCAACUACACGACAGCACCACAACCAGCAUCAUCCGCGUCAAACAACUACAUCGGUACAGAACGACGACUAACGCUUACCGGCCUUCAAGAUUGGAGUAACUGCGUCUUUGGCGAUCCACUAUUAGCUACCAUCUUCAGCGACGGCGCCUCGGAAUCCUUCAUGGAAGGUUUCGAAACCGGUCCUGCCUCUACCCAUGCGAACCAUCUCGGGGGCAGCAGUAGAAACACAAGUGCCAGCACCCACAGCACCAGCACAGGAGUCAUGUCCAUCACAGCCAUCACCGAACAAACCACCACUACUCGUGCACCUGCACCAACAAUAUCCAGCCUUCCGCCACCAACAGAUGCCAGCAGCAACAGCAACAACGAUAUAAUCUCCUCGCUGAUCGAAGACCUCCCCAACGCCGGCAUUCGCCUCCUCCUCUACCAAGUCUACCACGCCGCGCUCUGCAUUGUCAAAGAGUUCUAUCGACCUCGAUCGUCACCUUCCCCCUCUACUGCUACCUGCUCCUCUCCUCCUUCUCCUUCAUCCUUCUCCAGCUCUCCAAGUACCAACAGAGAGCUCGAAGCUCGGAGAAAACUCACCGAGGCGCUGAAUAGGUUGGAGAGUGCUGCUGUGCCGGUGGUUACACCGAUCUCGAUCUUGUCUGUACCUGUACCAUUUUCCCUCAAGAAGCAAAACCCCCUCGCAAGCAAUAGCUGCUCCUCACCGGUAGCCGGUGCUAGGUCGUUAUUAUUUGGCGUGCAGGAGAGUACUAUUGGUAGUAGUAGUAGCAGUAGGAGUAGGGAUGAUGUGCUGGCGAACAAGAAGCUACAUCAUCGACCGACUGGAGAUAUGAGUCCUGCGAAGAGGGCGAAGAGUGCUAGUGAUGGGGAGAGGGGGUAG